CCAGAAGCAAAAGCAUUCGUUAACCAUGUCGCUUGUCAUCGGACCGGACUUCCAGCACAUUCUGCGUAUUCUCAACACCAACAUUGAUGGUCGCCGCAAGGUGUGGGUCGCUCUGACCGCCAUCCAGGGUGUGGGCCGCCGUUUCUCCAUCAUGGUCUGCAAGAAGGCCGAGGUGGACAUCACCAAGCGUGCCGGUGAGCUGACCAACGACGAGAUCGAGCGCGUCGUGGCCAUCAUCCAGAACCCGCUGCAGUUCAAGAUCCCCGUGUGGUUCCUGAACAGACAGAAGGACUUCAAGACGGGCAAGCACUCGCAGGUCGUGGCCAACAACCUGCAGGGCAAGUGGCGCGAGGACUACGAGCGCCUCAAGAAGAUCUACGCUCACCGUGGUCUGCGUCACUGGUGGGGCCUCAAGGUGCGCGGCCAGCACACCAAGACCACCGGCCGUCGUGGCACGACCGUCGGCAUCCUUGGCGGCAAGUAAUUUGCUGCUGGGUAACGACUUCUGGCUUUGUUCCCUCGUGGGGAUUGCUGAGAUUCUGGCAUUAUUGUGGUGGACGAUGAUCCUCGCGUGGCAACGCGCGGGGUGACCUAAGCGAAAUCAACAAGACGGACAACUCUUGCUGCUUCUUCAAACAAU